ACGGAAUCCAGACCAAAAUAUGACUCGCAAUUUCUCAAAACUGUGCAAUUGAGAGAGGAAAGGUCGAAAGAUAGAAGAUGGCUUAUUCAUGGCGACCGCCACCGUCACAACCCCCUCCCUUGCAAGGCGAGCGCUGCCCGGUCUGUUACUACCCUCACUUCCCCUUUUGCCAUCUGCAGGCUAUGUACCCCUCCAAACCUAGAUUACAAUGCCAGCCACAUCCAGGCCACUUCUACCAUAGACAGCCACCUCCAGCACCGCCGCAGCCGGCUUACGACCCAUUUGUCGAUCACCAAAGCAGCACCGCAAUGCAUCCUCACCGUCCAUACGUGGAUGGCUAUGUUGCUCAUCCUUCGCAGUGGAACCAAGGUGUUAAUUUUAAUGGCGAUCCUUGUGGCAAUUUACAUUCAAAAGAUAAUGUUCCUAAUGGUAUUGCUGGAGCAAAGAGAAUGCGUUCUGAUGACUCACGUGCUCUAGUGAGUGAAAGUUAUGCGAAAUCGGCUAGGUUUUCUGUCGAUGAUGAGAGGAGAUUAAAAUUGAUCCGUGAUCAUGGUGGACCAACGGAUCAAGAUAGUGGAAGCAGGGGAGAUCUUGAGAAUUUUGAAGGGCAUGAAAAAGGCGCUCUUGAAUUUCUUGAUUCGAGGCAUUGCGACAGAAAACAGGGAUUUUAUGAGCUGAUGCCUAGUAGUGAACAAGUUAAUAAGGAUUUGCUUCAGAGUAAUGGCUACGGGUUUAGCAAUUAUCCAGCUAAUAAUUACAAUAAUGUAGACCAGGGGCGGAGUAUGAUCCAGCUCGAACAAAGUUCUUUUGGGUUUACAUCAGAAAGUCACAGUAAUGGCCCAUUCUCUGAUUUUCACCCAAAACAAAAUCAGUACGGUUCAGCAUUAACGAGGAGCCAAGCAGGAUUUCCUGGCCAGCUUCCACUUCAUGCAUCACCGCCACCUCUUCCUGGAGGAACCCUUGGUCGUCCUUUCUUAAAGUCUUCUGUUUUCUCUUCGCCAUCAAGAACAACCUCUUCAUUAUUUCCCAUUGUUACUGGUACAUCAGCUUCUUUGCCUCCCUACCUCCCAGGCACUGAGGCAGCCCCAGCCUACUAUCAUGCCAAUGGGAAUUCAAAGUCUCCUGCUGGCUUUGGUGUAGAGACUUUGCACUAUGCUCCAUCAAGGAUUGUGUCUGGAGAAAAUGAAAACUAUACUUCGAGGCAUCUAUCUUUAAAGAAGCCUACUACUAUAGAUGCUUUUCACAUUUUGAAGCAUCCACAUAGAGCUACUCGGCCUGAUCUUAUAGUUGUAAUUCUUCGGGGGCUUCCAGGUAGCGGAAAGAGCCAUUUGGCAAGAAUGUUGCGUGACCUUGAGGUAGAGAAUGGUGGUAAUGCCCCACGAAUUCACUCGAUAGAUGAUUACUUUAUGACUGAAGUUGAAAAGGUUGAUGAAAGUGAUGCUUCAAAGUCUGCAGGCUCUGCCAAAGGGAAAAAGUCUGUGAUAAAAAAGGUCAUUGAGUAUUGCUAUGAACCUGAAAUGGAGGAGGCUUAUCGGUCAAGCAUGUUGAAGGCAUUUAAGAAGACCCUUGAUGAUGGAGCUUUCUCCUUUGUAAUUGUGGAUGACCGCAAUCUGCGGGUAGCUGAUUUUGCUCAAUUUUGGGCAACUGCAAAGAGAUCUGGGUAUGAAGUGUACUUACUCGAAGCUCCAUACACAGACCCAGCGGGAUGUGCAGCACGGAAUGUGCAUGGUUUUACACUGAAUGAAAUACAAAAGUUGAGUGACCAGUGGGAAGAAGCUCCAUCUAUAUAUCUGAAACUUGAUAUUAAGUCAUUACUUCACGGGGACUCUCUUGAGCGUGGUGCGAUACAAGAGGUAGAAAUGGACAUGGACGAUGGAUAUACAACACCAGAAUCAUCUAUUUCUGAACAAGGGAAUACCGAGAGUACUUUAGUAACUCCAACGGAUAUCUGUUCAGAUGGUGUUUUAGGCUGGGAUAACGAACCAGAACGCCCGAUUGAUUCGGUGAAGGAUUUGGGGAAGAGUAAAUGGUCAACUGAUCUGGAUGAGGAUGAGGUUCAAAAAAAUGAAAAUACUUCAAAGAAGUCAAAUGUCUCAGGUUUGGUUAAAUCUUACAGAAAAGAAGGUAAAACAGUGCGGUGGGGGGAUGAGGUUGCUAAAGUGGGCUUUUCAAUAGGAGCAACAAAAGCGGCUGAAGUAUCAUUAGUGAUUGGUCCUGGUGCAGGGUACAACUUGAAAUCAAACCCUGCUGGAGAAGAAGAGUCAAGUGAUGAGUGGAAAAGGAGGGGGCAGGGGGCAGUGUUCCAAGAACAAUUGCGGGCUGAGCACGAGUCUUUUAAGGCUGUAUUUGACAGAAGGCGUCAACGACUUGUUGCAGAUGAGGAUUGAAUUCAUCAACUCUUUGUUUUCUUUUGUAUUAUAUCAUUAUUCUGCUAGAGUUUCAUUGAUAGUGUAAUUUAGUAUAGUUCUUAAGAUGAAAAUGGAUGAAUAGUCUGUAUUGUGGCUGUACAAUUAAUAGAUAAAAGUUUGAAAUAAGAGUCUUGCAAUGCAUAAUAAUUCAAAAGUUGUUGGUGAUUCCCAUCCUACUUUUUAAAUCAC